GCCGUCUAUAUAAGCACGGUGGCGGGCGGCGGGCGGGUCUUGGUGCCCGGGCAGCAACAGCCGCAAGAUGGAGGACUACGAGCUGGACAAUGCACUGGAGAACGCGUCGCUGCCGUCGCGGACCUUCCUGUUCGGCUGUGAACUGAAGUCCACUGCGAAGGAGUUCAAGAUGGAGGUGGCGGACGAUAGCUCCGAGCACCAGCUGUCCCUCCGGGCGGUUUGCCUUGGUGCUGAUGCUAGUGAUGAUCUACACUUGGUAGAAGUAGAAGGAUUGAAUUUUGAAGGCAAGAAUACCAAGGUCACAUUGGCUGCUUUGAGGCUAUCUGUGCAGCCUACAGUUAGUUUGGGAGGAUUUGAAAUUGAGCCACCUGUGACAUUCAGACUGAAAUCUGGAACAGGUCCUGUGUACAUCAGUGGACAACAUCUCAUAGCUGAUUUGGAUUCUGAUGAGGAGGAUGACAGUGUGUUGGAGAAUGCUGUAACAAAACAAGCAGUUAAGCGAACAGCUCCUGGGGUGUCAAAAAUAAUGCAGAAAAAAAUGAAAAUGGAGGAUGAUGAUGACUUUGAAGAUGACGACGAUGAAGAUGAUGAUGAAGAUGAUGAUGAUGAAGAUGAUGAGGAAGAGGAGGAGGAGGAAGAGGUAGCAGUCGUGACCCCAGCAAAAAAGAAAACUCCACAGAAAGAUACUCCUGGACCGAAGGGGGCAGGACCAAAGGGGGCUUCCAACCAAAAUGGCAAAACACCUGCCAAAUCCACACCAGCUAAGCAGCAGUCAAAAACACCAGAAUCAACAAAGAAACCCAGUAAUAAGCCUCAGACACCCAAGACCCCAAAACCUUCAUUGACUGCUGAAGACAUAAAGGCUAAAUUGAAGGCUUCAAUGGAAAAAGGUGCUGGUCUGCCAAAAGGAGAGGCAAAGUUCUCCAACUAUAUUAAACACGGUUUCAGAAUGGAGGACCCAGAGAUCAUCAAGGAACUCUGGGCAUGGAGGCAAAGUGCAGAUGGGAAAUGAAGACUGGCAAUAGCAAACAGUUUUCAGACAUUGCAGUGAAAAUUUAUAUUACUUAUGUAUGUUUCAUGUCAAUAAAUGUUUCUUUUACAAUA